CUGAAGCGCAGUCAGCGCCAAGUCGCCGGGCCGAGUGUUUAUAUAGGGAGGUAGAUGGAGCGGCCGGGCUAUGGCUGGGUGUAGCAGGGUCAGGAGGCUGGAUGGUCCCAGGGUAUAACACAGGCUGCAGGGGAACAGUAGCAGGGGCUGGGGGUUAGUAAGUGGGGCAGGUAUUCCUAUGUGAUACAGUAGGGCUGGCCUCUAUUGGCUGCAUUGGGCUUUUGGCUGGAGCUGCUGGUUUAUAUGGGGCACAUAUAAGUAAUUAUACAUAGGGGCAUAUGGUGUGUGCAGCAUUCAGCACUCAGGUGUAUAUACAGUAGUGCCAGCCUGGCCUUAUCUGCCCCAGGGUAUAUUGGAAGGGUAAUAGGUAGUGUAUGAUUUACAGCACAGCUAUAUAUACAGAGACUUACAGUUGAACUACAUAUACCAGUACAGCCAUGGGCUCUACCAAGGAGCUGACUUGUUACACGUGGGAGGAGGUCAAGAAGCGCUGCACUCGCGAGGAGCGAUGGCUGGUCAUUAAUCGCAAAGUGUACGACAUAACGCGCUUCGUCAAUAUUCACCCUGGUGGGCCGAGGGUCAUCAGUCACUAUGCAGGGCAGGAUGCCACGGAUCCAUUUGUUGCCUUUCACAUAGACCAGGAGCUGGUGAAGAAACGCAUGUGCUGUUUGUUGAUUGGGGAGUUGGCUCCGGGGGAGCCCAGCAUAGAGCCCUUCAAAGAUGCUGCCAUGGUAGAAGAUUUCCGUGCUCUGCGCACCACAGUAGAACAGAUGGGACUCUUUCAUCCCAGCAAGUUAUUCUUUUUUGUGACUCUACUGCACGUUCUACUGCUGGACGUGUUGGCAUAUGUCACAAUGUACUAUGGCGGAACCUCCCUCAUUUCUCUGCUAGUUACAGCUUUACUCCUGGCUACCGUGCAGGCUCAGGCUGGGUGGCUGCAGCAUGAUUUUGGACACUUGUCAGUUUUCAGCCGAUCAUCAUGGAAUCACGUAGUACAUCAAUUUGUCAUUGGCCACUUGAAGGGUGCCCCUGCCAGCUGGUGGAAUCACUUGCACUUUCAGCAUCAUGCCAAACCCAACUGCUUCCGCAAGGAUCCUGAUAUUAAUAUGCAUCCUUUAUUGUUUGCACUGGGAAAGAAGCUCUCCGUGGAGCUUGGAAUGAAGAAGAAGAAAUACAUGCCGUAUAAUCACCAGCACAAGUACUUCUUCUUCAUUGGGCCUCCAGCACUGAUUCCAGUCUACUUCCAAUGGUAUAUUUUCUACUUUGCAAUACGGCGCAAGAAGUGGGCGGACCUGGCCUGGAUGAUUUCUUUCUAUGUGAGGUUUGGUCUGUGUUACAUCCCGUUCCUGGGAGUGAGCGGCACCAUCGCUCUGUUCAUGGUGGUUAGAUUUAUUGAGAGCAACUGGUUUGUGUGGGUCACUCAGAUGAACCACAUUCCAAUGAACAUUGACUAUGAUCAGAAUAAGGAGUGGCUCUCUACGCAGCUCCAAGCCACAUGCAAUGUGGAUCAGUCCCUGUUUAACGACUGGUUCAGCGGACACCUCAAUUUCCAGAUAGAACAUCAUUUAUUUCCCACCAUGCCCCGGCACAAUUACUGGAAAGCAGCUCCCCUUGUCCGCUCGCUCUGCAAGAAGUAUGGCAUCGAGUAUCAGUCCAAGCCUCUGUUCACGGCGUUUGCUGAUAUUGUACACUCAUUAAGGGAAUCCGGAGAGCUCUGGUUGGACGCCUACCUUCACAAGUAAGAAGACUUCCCAUUCUACAGGGGGGCAAGCCAUUACCUGCCAACAGUCAUUGAACAGCAGCUGAGGAGACCCAGGGGCUACUAGGAUUCCGCCACUGCGGUGCCUCCUGGGCUUGUUUGGCCUCUGUGCCGUAUUGGGAACCUUAUACAAUUCUGAUGCUUUAUGUCACUACUUCAGUGUCACAGGAGAUCGGCCUACACAGUAAUUCAUAGGGAAGGCUCUCUGGGUUAUGAGUCCCAUUCAUACAGUUUGCCCAAAGAUUAUAUGGUGGACAUGCUCCUCAGAUAUGUCCUAGCUAUUUAUUUGACUCUACAGCGACACCCUCAGGAGACCCAGCAAGCUGCACCUUGAAUGUAUUAACAUAAAGUCAGAACUAAAUUCCCUGCUUCGAGGCAAGAUACGCCAUUCACCCAAUCCUGUUUUUCCUUCCAAAUCAUACAAUUCAGGCAGCCAAUGGGCAGAACUGCUGUUUGCAAAAGUACAAAAGAUACAUUUUAGGGAUUCAAAGAGGUGGCUUUUUGGAUUUUUCAAAAAUGAUAUUCUCUCUGGCUGAGACCCUCAGGCAUACGUAGCGUGUUCCCUGGCCAGAAUCAUAUGAAAAUGUCCCAACGUUUGAAUGAUUACGUGUGCCUUAGGCCAAGUCGGGGUGCAGCUUGGAGUAAAGUGGCUUCCUGUAUGUCAUAGUGGUGAGAGCAGUUUUAAAAUUGAUCCCCUCCUCCCUCCGCUGCCCAGGAUCAUGUCCUAGUGCCCUUCCUUCUCCAAACUGCCUGUUCUUACCAACAGAUUACACGUUAUAUAUGCUAAAGUGUCAGUACCACUUAAAAGCCAACUGUAUCAUGUGAUAGGGGUAAGAUGGAAGUAAGAUGAAGAUUAAAAGAUUUUUUUGUUGGUAUGAGUUGAUGAAUAAUGUAUCAGUGACCCCCCCACCCCGUAGUUUUAUGAAACCAUUAUUCUUCUUAAGCUCAGGCCAGACAGAGGACUUUCCUGCUGCAUUUUUCACCCUUUAGCUGCCAUAGGACAGCACUGAAAUGGAAGUACCAGUUUGCCGGCGCUGUAGAUAUUACAUGUCUGGUUACAUGUAAUCCUGUAGAAAAGCUUAGCAGUGGUACUCAAAGGGUUGAAAGUCAGAAGUCAAGUAAAAAUGCAAGAUUGCAAAACAUGGAGGCUGCAGUGCAUACAGUAAUGGCAGCAGCUACACUUGUGCAGUAAUGAUGAGGCUGGCAUUUUGAAAGUGAGAACAGGCCUCAGUCUGCCCGUUAGAUGCCUAAAUUCAUCCAGAGCACAGCCAGUAACUAUCAGUGCUCCAUCACAUUCCUUUGCAGUUGGUCAUUUUAUCAAAGUCCCAUUUGGCCCCGGUGCCAUAUUGUAAUCUGCCAAAGGGCCAUUCUAGCCUGACCUGCUGCUCCAACCUCUGACUGCAUGGGGUCUGAUCCAAACUAAUAAACAGGCGCUGGGGUCAGAAUGAGCCGGCAUAGUGCUACAUGUCUGCCAAACCAAUUAAUGGCACUGAUGUAAUUAUGUUUAAAGCACAGUUACCUAAGGUUGAUUAAUAAACUUUUCUCCAUUAAGAACUGAGAGAAAGUGAUUCUCCUGCACUUUGACUGUGGUUUUACUGCUGUGUUUGAUACUCACAGAGCUGUAAAUACUUGGCCUUUAAACGCCAGUGCUCGCUGGUUCAGGGGACUUUUGUAUUUUUUUAUGCCACUUCACUUACACUUUCUUCCCCAUCUCACGUGACUAUGGCACCCUAUUGAUUGUAUAUGGGAAUAUGACCAGUGUCUGACUUGGCUGCUAGGACCAACCAUAAAAGCUUUUCUCGGGGGCCCAUUCGGCAUAUUGUCUCCACUCAGCUUCUUCCUUUGCUCCUUCUUUUCCCUACUCCUUGUCCCAUGACAAACUUUAGCCAAACUUUGCCUCCAGUGGAUUCUACUCCCACCUUUAUUUUUUUAAACCUUUUUCUUUUUUCAUGUUUGUAUUUCUUACUUAACUUUUCUUUCCAGUUGCUUCUCCUUCAUUAUCACUUUGUCUUCAUUCCUGAAUGCUCUGCAUUACCGACCACUUCUUCUUUAUUCUAUGUGCAUUAUUGCCCGGCUGCAUCUAAAUCAUGGGCACAUAGGGCCCAGACCACAGACUGGCCUGACUGCAUUCAGACCAAUUAUGAGACAAGUAACCCAGUUGGUACAGGGGCACACCCAUGCCCUGGCAAAAGCCUAAAUGAGCAUUCUGAUUAGGCAUACUAUAACUUUGGGCUGACUGGCAGUGGCGAUGCCAAUGGAUGCCGCUGUAUCCUUUCCAAUUAAGCUAAUAGCCAGAAAUCAGCUCAGUGAUGGGUCAGCGUGGGUGAUAUAUAAAUAAAGGUUGAACCUUUCUAUACAAUUAUAGGGAUAGAGAUGCAGGCAGGCAGUAACAGAGAAGGGCCAGGGUCUCUCUCAGUGGCCAUGUACAUCCUAGGUGAAGGGCUUGCAAAUGGACUACUCUAAGACAUAGGCUUGACCAAUGAGAGGGCUCCCUUGGAUGUUCCUGGUGUCCCAGUAGGCCAGUCAGCCAUGAAUGUCAGCAUUAUCUGAUUGUAUUACAACAAUAAAGUGAUUUUUUCAAACUGUG